AUGUCCCCAGCAUAUGACUUCGCUGCUGCUCCGGAUGUGCCUUACUUCACACCCGCCCAAGUUCCCGUCGCGGGAACCGGACGCCCUGUCAAGGACUCAACAAAGCCUCUUGCAAAGCUCUUCCAGCCUCUCAAGAUCCGGGGUGUAGAGUUCCAGAAUCGCCUAUGGGUCGCCCCGAUGGACUUGUCCUCUUCUGACGUCCGCGACGGUAUGAUGAACCUCUGGAACAUCACUUCGCUCGCCUCGAAGAUCGUCUACGGCCCCGGCCUGACGAUCAUCGAAGCCGCUGCAGUGACCCCGGAAGGUCGUGUCACGGUGCACGACGUCGGGUUCUGGUCGGACGCGCACGCCGUGCCCAUACGCCAACUCGCCGAGUUCACCCACAGCCAGGGCCAGAAGCUCGGCAUCCAGCUCGGCCACUGCGGCCGCAAGGGCACCAUGGCGCCCAUCUGGCACGCCGGCCACGAGGUCGUGCCGUCUUCCCGCGGCGGCUGGUCCGACGACCUCGUCGCGCCCUCGGCCGUUGGGUACCCCCCGAGCGUAGGGGAAGAGGGCGCGGUGCCGCAUGCGCUGACGAAGGAGGAGAUCAAGACGCUGGUCGUGAAGUGGGCGGAGGCGGCAAAGCGCGCAGUCGACGCGGGCGUGGACGUCAUCGAGCUGCACGGCGCGCACGGAUUCUUGAUCCACAACUUCCUGAGUCCGGUCUCGAACAAGCGCACGGACGAGUACGGGGGAAGCCUCGAGAACCGGGCGCGAUUCUUGUUUGAGGUGGCGGACGCGAUUCGGGGGGUCAUUCCGAGCACAACGCCGCUGUUCCUCAGGGUAUCUGCGACCGACUGGUUGGACAAGGUGCUCCCCAACGAGCCGUCGUGGACGCUCGACGAGACCAUCAAGCUCGCGAACCUGCUUCCGGAGCACGGCAUCGAUUUGAUCGAUGUCUCGUCUGGAGGGACCGACCCCGGGCAGAAGAUCGAAUUCAUCGGUGGGCCGGCUUAUCAGGCGCAUCUGGCGGAGGCAAUCAAGAAGUCUGUCGGCGACCGCCUCUUGGUCGCGGCAGUGGGUGGGAUCACGACUGGUAGUAUCGCGGAGGAGGUGCUGCAGAAGGGCCAAGCGGACGUGGCUCUGGUCGGGAAAGCGUCGCUGUUAAACCCCGCGUUUGUGCUCGAUUUUGCAAAGGAUCUGGAAGUGGACGUGAAGAUUCCGCAUCAGGGAGACUGGGUGGUACACGGAAGGAAGAGUAUGUGGAGAUGGGUGGACUCCGCGUAA